CGUAUGUGAUUUGUCCGAUCUGACGGUGUUUAAAAACAUGUUGAUAUAAAUUGGUCAACAGCUCCACCAAGGGGACAGACACGGAGAUAAUGCCGGAAAAGGGCCAUCCUCCUUUUCACGAAGGAAAUGGGGUUUCGGAUGCUGGCUGCCGUUCUGUUAAACUUCACUUUCGAUAGUUGUGUCAUGCUUGCGUAAUUCAAGUCGCCAGCUGCCUACUUGGCGUGUGCGAUUUUAAACAUAUUUCCGUAUUAGGGUAUGUGAAAUCCGCUUCUGAAAUGUCGGAUUCUGUUAUAUUCCAGAGCCAUUUAACAUCCAUCAUGGAAAUCCUUACCAAGACCGCCGUUGCGGAGAUAAUUAAACUUGUGGAUGAGAGCUGCGCCGCGCUGCGCUCGGAAAUGUCGCGGAGCCGCAGCGAGAACGAAACGCUGAGGAUGAAGCUGAAGCUGAUGGAGGGGGAGCUGAGCAGGCGGCCGAAGCGGCCGGACAGCCCCCAGGAUCAGUGCGUGGAGUUACACAGCACCGUCCGCGUCCUGGAGGAGGAAGAGAAAGAGGAGAUGGCUCUCUGUGGGAGGACUUGGGACAUGGAUGUUUGGGGAGAUGCUGCAGGUGUGGAUCCAGCUUUGGAAGGGGACGUGUUGCAGUCCAGUUUUCCCAUGGAUGCGGUAACAUACUUAGGAGAGGACAUGCAACAGACGGCACUGUUGAGAGAGAAGAGGCUGCAGGACUCCUGCCUGACCAGUAUCCCUGCACCAGGAUUGGUUGAUAGUCAAGAUGGACUUAACUCUGUGCAAGACUUUGGUGAUGUGGGCAUUUAUGACCACUCUUCUGCAGAGAUACCCCCUCCAGCAGGGGGCUCUGCUGUCAGCCGGCCCGCUAAAGUUUUAGCUGAGCAGAAACCCGAAGCUGACCUGCUGACUUUAGUGGUCGUUAAAGAGGAAGCUGAGAUGCAGCCUGUGUGCAGUGAGGAGGCUGCAAUAGAGGGGCUUCACGCGAAACCCGGGCACAGCGGCGGAAGGCAGCGAGACGUCAAGGCGGAGGGCUGGGGCUCACAGCAGCUUCGGCCAUUAGACAGACAAGAUAGUGAGAAGCUCCCUGAGGACGCGAGUGCGGAGAAGGAGCAUGCAAACAGCAGUAACCUCAGUAUGAAAAACAGAACUCGGAGAAAUCCUGUCACAGGGGCGAAACUGUACAGCUGUGCUCAGUGCGGAAAACAAUUCAGCCACCAAAGUAAUGUGUACAAGCACAUGCGGAUACAUACUGGAGAGAGACCAUUCUGCUGUGCCGCUUGUGGGAAGUGCUUCACGCAGCAAAGCAACCUCAGAAGACACCAACUGAUACACACGGGGGAGAAGCCGUUCGGCUGUACCCAGUGUAGCAAGAGUUUUACACGCCUGUUUUACCUUAAAAUACACCAGCAGGCUCACAGCAGACAGUCACAGCAGCUAUGAUGAAUUUGACAAGCUGGAAUUCCUGGCUCCUGAACUGUAUGUCAUCCAGUACAUAAUCCUUGGAUAAGGACAAAUUACUUUUGCUCUGAGAAAAAAAUGGUGCAUAGUAACGGGAUUAGAUGAACUGAAAGUAAUUUUGUGUGUGUGUGUGUGUGUGUGUGUGUAUACACACGACUAUAUAUCUGUAUAAAUUCCAGUACGUAUUCUCCUUAUUUGUUUUUAUUUGGUGUGAUUUUUAUAUAAUGUA